GAGUUGCAUUUUAAAAAAUAUAGUCCGUGGGUUUUUUAUCGUUGUUCUUUUCCUCACCGAGGAGGGUUUUCCGAUUUUUAUGCAAUUCACGAGGUGGUGGGCCGGGUCGAAAAAAAAUUUACGCCUGCGGUGCGCGCAAUGUUUGGCCCUUUUGCCGGCCUCUCAUUUCCCCCAUCGUCCCGGCCCACAUCGAACUUUGACGUGUUUGCAGUGCAAGCGGCUCUGCGUGAUGUGCGGGAUUCGCAAGACGUUGGAUAAUUUCCCCAACGAACACGCCGACGACUGCCAUCGCUGUCUGGCGAAGCAGCACCUCGCGUCGACGAAUGUUUAUUUCCGAUAUCCCAUUUUGAAAUACAAGGCCUGUCCUUUCAGCGUGGAUGAAAUGCGGGACGGGUUAAGGAGGGAUGGCGACCCACGCGAAAAACGAUGA